AUGGUUGAACGUAGUUUUCUCAAUGGCCGAUUAGUGCUAUUAGUGGGCAUUUUCGGGCUGAUACUGUUCCUGCUUCCGCAAACGAUUGCAUUGCGUGAAGGCGAUUGUGAGGUAUGCGUUAAGGCGGUAAACAUGUUUACGGCAACACUCUCGGAAGAAACGAAAAAGGACACCAAACGGAUAGAGGACGAAUUCAAGGGUUUUUGUAAAAAGGCCAAAAACAAGGAACAACGUUUCUGCUACUACCUUGGAGGGAUGGAAGAUUCUGCCACCGGAAUUCUGGGUGAGCUAUCGAAACCAAUCAGCUGGUCGAUGCCGGCCGAAAAGAUCUGCGAGAAGCUGAAGAAGAAGGAUGCUCAAAUCUGUGAUUUACGAUACGACAAACAAAUCGACCUGACCACGGUCGAUCUGAAGAAGCUAAAGGUACGCGAUCUCAAGAAGAUUCUUUCCGACUGGGAUGAGGAAUGUGACGGGUGCCUGGAAAAGACUGAUUUCAUCAAGCGCAUCGAGGAGCUGAAGCACAAGUACGUGAAAACGGAACUGUAACAACCGUCACCGCCUGCUACGGAUC